AUAAAGGGGGCUUCAGCUUCGCCUCCUCGCCGUAAGAGGUAAUCAAAUUGCCAUCAAUCCAAAUAGCAAUAGCAGUGGAAGUUAAUGGCGGAAUUCACCACGGAGUUCGAUGUUGAAGGGAAGGGUAGCCACUGGGCAAAAUACACUGACUUCAUUGAGGGCCUGCGCCAUCGACUACGAGAGAGAUCUUCACACAAUCGCCCCGUUCUUCCUCCUCAAGAGAAUCCACCCAGGAGAUGGUUCGACCUCAAACUGCUAUCCAGCUCCAGCAAUCAUGCGAUCACGCUAAGGAUCCGGCGGGACAACCUGUACCUGGACGGCUACCAAAUGGAGAAUCCUAACCAGUGGUUAGAGUUCGGGGAUCCUUCUCCACAACAUCUAAUUCCCGGAUCCUCCUUCCUGGGCUUCGAUGGUGGCUACCCUGACUUGCAACGUGUUGCCGCAGAGACGAGGAAGAACAUAUCCCUUGGCACGGAGGAACUCAAGAAAGCUGUUAACAAGCUCGCUACAUCCACGAGUAGCAAGGAAAGGGCGCACCAUUUGAUUGUGGUGAUCCAGAUGAUGUGCGAAUCGAUUAGAUUCGAUCGUCUCUCCAAACACCUUGCCACCCAAUUCCCCGGAAGUUCGGGACCCCCUGAAUGGAUGCUGGCACUAGAGAACGGCUGGGGAGACCUCUCUGACGCGUUGCUGGACGCCGAUGCCGAUCCCGAGCGUCCCUUUCCCUUUCCGCAACCCAAUGCUAUGGAAAUAGCGACGGCAGAGCAGGCGGCCGCCGCCCUUGGCAUCUUGCUGGAUACCUCCCCCUUGCACCUAGUUAUCCAGCGCACGAAAAAGGCUCGGGAGAAAAGAGAAAGAGAAAGAGAGAGAGAAAGGGAAGAAGAAUUUUCGUCGCAGAGACGUAGUAAUUUGGAUUGAACUAUCCAAAAUACUAGACUCAAAGCCCAUACUUUAUUGGGUAACCGAUAUGAUGUGGCAUUUUUGAAGAUGCAAUAUUUCAAAAACAUCAAAUUUCUACAAAAUCGAAACCAACGUUUUUUUUCCAAGCUGCAAGGAAUCUAUGUUGUGGGCGACUGUAAUAGAUAUUUGUUUAAAGUUGUCAAUUAUUUUAUUUUUAAUAUUUAUGGAUGUAUCUAUCUUAAAUUGGUUCAAUAUAUUUAUUUUUAA